GGCCAUUUUAGAACUCUCUUCGGGGCGGCCAUUUUAGGUCAUCCCUUAGGGCAGCCAUUUUAGAACUCUUCAUGGCGGCCAUUUUAGAUCACCCAUCAAGGCAGCCGUUUUAGAAUUCUCUUCAGGGCAGCCAUUUUAGAACUCUCUUCAAGGUGGCCGUUUUAGAACUCUCUUUGGGACGGCCAUUCUAGGUCAUUCCUCAGAGCAGACACUUUGGGGUGGACAUUUUAAAAAGUGAAAUACGUAGAAUCCAACCAAUAACAAUAUGAAAAUAUUAUUUAUUCCUUUGAAGAUCAAUUGAUGAGGAAACAGCAUCUUUCUUCCUUGUUUCUUUAAAGGCCAGACUAGGGGCAGCCUUCGGGGCAGCCAUUUUAGGGCAUCCCUUUAAAAUAUUUCUCCACAUAGGCCGAACGCAGCAGAGCCACCAUGGUGAAAGACGUCCCUGGGGGUUCGGAAGAGCCAAGGGUUUCCAUGCAAGCAGGGCCCUCAGAAAAGGAGUCCUCGGAAAAGGAGUCCCUGGAGAUGGGGAUCUCGGAGAAGGGGUCCUCAGAAAAGGAGCCCUCAGAGAAGGAGCUCUCAGAGAAGAGGCCCUCUGAGAAGAGGCACUCAGAGAAGAGGCCCUCGGAGAAGAGGCACUCAGAGAAGGGGCCCUCGGAGAAGUGGCCCUCAGAGAAGGAGUACUCGGAGAAGAGGCACUCGGAGAAGAGGCCCUCAGAGAAGGAGUACUCAGAGAAGGGGCCCUCGGAGAAGUGGUACUCGGAGAAGAGGCACUCGGAGAAGGGGCCCUCAGAGAAGGGGCCCUCGGAGAAGUGGUACUCGGAGAAGAGGCACUCGGAGAAGGGGCCAUCAGAGAAGGGGCCCUCGGAGAAGGGGCCCUCACAGAAGGAGUACUCGGAGAAGGGGCCCUCAGAAAAGGACUCUGCAGCAGUCCAGGCCCCCUCAGAGGGGAAGCUCACAGCUCGCUCGGGGUCCCUAGGGAGCCGGGCCCCUUCCGGGAGCCCAGCGGUCCGUAUCAUGACAGAGGUGGAGCCCACGCCACGUUCAGGGUCCUUAGGGAGGCAGGACCCCUCUGAGGCCACACCCUUUCAGCAAGCAGGGCCCCCAGUUAGCCGUGCCACCCUACAGGUGAGGUCCAUACCAGCGGUACCCCUGCUGACCUACGGCCUCUCGGAGUUGAGACCCAUGCAUCAAUUGGUGGUCCCAGUGAGUCGUGGCCCCUCAAUGUUGAGGGCCUUCCCACAUGGGGCCCCUGGGAGGAAUGACCCCUCAGAGUUCCCCAUGCAACAGGGGUACCCUCUGAGCCGUGGUCCCUCAGAGAUGAGGCCCUUGCAACAAAGUGGGUUCCCACUGAACCGUGGCCCCUCGGAGAUGAGGCCCCUACUGAAAACCGGUCCCCUCGAACACGGCCCUACGCCAUCGAAGCUGAUCCCCUUCAAGCCAGUGAAGACGUCUUCUCGAGGGUUCUUCACUCUGAAGAAUGCCAUAGAGAUUGCCAACGAGUCCUGUAAUUCCACAAUCGGCCUCCUGUUGGUUUGUAUAAUCCUGAUGAUUUUGGUGUCCAUCAUGAACAUGCAAGUGCACAGACUCUUAGAGAACUCCGGGGAACUGAAGAGUAUGAUCAACUUGCAGGUCGUCAUCCUGGCCGAAUUACUGAUGGACCUGCAGUUCGGCAAAGCGUAUAACUGCAGCAUCUGCGAAGUCCCCUGGGUGCAGUGGGGAGACAACUGCUACCUCUUCCGACACAGAGCCAUGAGCUGGUCUUGGAGCAAUGGUUUCUGCCUGGACGAAAAAUCCUCUCUGGUGGUCGUCAAUGGCUCAGAAGAGAUGAAUUUCCUGAGGUAUGAAUCAAAAAAACAUUUCAAUCGUCGCAAGCAUAGCAAUUUCCUCAAAUUCUGGAUUGGCCUAAAGUACGAUACAGAUGUGAAUAAGUGGAUGUGGGCAGAUGGAUCACCUUUCAAUUUGAAAAAUGACACUGAGUUGGGUCAGGGAGGCUGUGCCUAUGUCCAGAAUGGAAACCUUGGAUCCCAGCCCUGCAAGAAAGCGGCUUUUAUCAUUUGCAAGGCAAAGACACUCUUUGGCUGAGUUUGGAGUUGCAGAAGUCCAGAAGAAGAAGAAGAGGAGGAGGAGAUGAUGAUGAUGAUGAUGCAGCAAAGGUAGAGAGACAGCUGUGAUCCCAACAGCCAAAUCUUGGUGCCGUGUUUUGGCAAUUAGUUACCCACAGUCCCUUGCCUUUCUGUUACAAGGAAUAAACUUUCUUAGAAGCCAUCCGUGCCUGAAGGGUGUUGUCUUCAUUUGCCAGCCCAUGACAGAGGAUGGAGAACCCUUCCACUUCUCAAUGAAAAUCCUCGACCUCCUAUAUGGCUUGUUUUUGGAUGCGGCGUUCUUUUGAUAGGUUCACUUUAGCCAUGUUCCUCACUUUUGACCCCUUCUGCUCUUUCAUCUCCUCUUGUGCUUUUUUUGCAGUUUUUUUUUUGUCUCACUCCAUCAACUCAUGCCAUCGAAUGUUUAGUCUUGCAUUUGAAAAACAAAACAAAAAGACCCCCUUGGUUUUAUUUUUGAACGGACUUUCUGUUUUCUGACAGUGUUCCUACCAUGUGAGAUAAGUGGAGGCUUCCUAUACUGCCUACAAUUUAUUUAGCACUUUUAGGGCAUUCCAUGGAUUCUAAAUACAGUAGAGUCUCACUUAUCCAAGGCUCGCUUAUCCAACGUUCUGGAUUAUCCAAGGCAUUUUUGUAGUCAAUGUUUUCCACUGUGGCGCAGGCUGUUGAACAGCUGCAAUAAAUCACUCUGACCAUGAGGUCAUGAGUUCGAGGCCAGCCCGUAGCAGGGUGAGCACCCGUCAAUUAAAAAUAAAAAAUAUCCCCUGCUCAUUGCUGACCUAGCAACCCGAAAGAUAGUUGCAUCUAUCAAGUAGGAAAUAAGGUACCACUUAUUAAAAAAAAGUGGGGAGGCAAGUUUAACUAAUUUACGACCUGGAAUGAGGAAGUGCCGUCACAGUGGAUGAUGAAGCAGCUGCUCCCCCCCUGUGGCCAGAAUCGAACAUCCCCUCAGGAGAAGGUUAAAUUGCCUCUGCAUCUGUCUGUCUCUGUCUCUGUCUGAUGUGUUUAUGGGCAUUGAAUGUUUGCCCUAUGUGUGUAUAAUGUGAUCCGCCCUGAGUCCCCUUCAGGGUGAGAAAGAAGGGCCGAAUAUAAAUACUGUAAAUAAACCAAAUCACACCAAAUUUGGCUACAAAAGACAUAGUCAUCCAAUCUAUGUCUUUCAAUAAAAAAACCUAGAAAAAUAAAGGCCAAAUUGGAGGAUGAAGAAGAGCCGUUUUCCCCCGGCUGCCAGUCAGAAGGGUAGGCCCCACCCCCUCUAGCCCCGCCUUCAUCGCCUAGCAACCCCUCAACCGGAAUGGCGCCCAGGUGACAGGCAGAGUUCACUUAGGUCUCUUUCACAAUGCCUAUAAAAUACAGAUUAUCUGAUUUGAACUGGAUUAUAUGGCAGUGUAGACUCAAGGCCCUUCCACACAGCUAUAUAACACAGAAUGCCAAGGCAGGUAAUCCACAGUAUCUGCUUUGAACUGGAUUAUCUUGAGUCCUGGAUUAUCUUGAUUCCACACUGCCAUAUAAUCCAGUGCAGUGUGAAUGUUAUACAGCUGUGUAGAAGGGGCCUCAAAUAAUCCAGUUCUAAGCAGAUAAUAGAAGAUUAUAAAUGUAAUAUAUACUACUUACUGUGGUAUAAUAAUACAGAACAAUAUAAUCUCUAAAAUCAGGACAGUAAAUAAAGAGCAACACUCUGGAAACAGGGAAAUUCCAGAAAGGAAACAAACAAGGCCAGCUAGCACCUCCCAACAAAGGAUUGCCCCAGGCAGGAAGCAGCUAGGCCAUUAAAUGCUAAUCAAGGUGACUAAUUGCAGCAUCCAUACUUGCCGCAUCGAGACUAUUCAUUGCUAUUCAACCUGGCCACCAAGGAUUCCACAAGGUAGAAUGUGGCCAGGCUUGCAAGCAGCAAGGCUAUUCAGUGCCGUUCAACCUGGCCAACCAAGAUUUCCCCUAAACAGAAAACCCCCAAACUCUGAAGCCACGAGGCUACUCCAUCCCAUUCAAUAUGGCCAACGAAGGAUGCCCCUAUAUAGAAAGCGGCCAGGCUAUUAAACUGCAAGACUAUUCAGUGCAGUUCAAACUGGCCGAACAAGGAUUCCCCUACUAAGGAAGUAGCCAGGCUUCAAAGUUGCUUUUUGAUUGAGGGUGCGAAACAAGGAUUCAUGUAUAACACAGCCAGGUUGAAGCUGCAAGGCUAUUCAGUGCAAUUCAACCAGACCACCAAAGGAUUAACCUUGGUAGAAGGUGGCCAGGCUUUGAAGCAACGAUGCUGCUCUGUACUAUUGAAGCUCACCAACUAAAGAUUCCACUAGGUAGCAAGCAGCCAGGCUUUGAAGCAGCCAGGCUAUUCAUUGCAAUUCUAGCAGCCCAAAAAACCAUUCCUCUAGAACGAAAGUACCCAGGCUUCCUAGCAGCAAGCCUAUUCCAUUGUAUUCCAGCUCAUAAAACAAGGAUUCCCAUAAGAAGAAAAUGGCCAGGCUUUGAGACUGCAAGGAUAUUAACUGCUAUUCCACCUGGCCAACAAAGGAUUCCCAUAAGCCACAGCAACACGUGGCCGGGCACAGCUAGUAUCUAUAUACUGCCCUCUUGUAGUUGCACCUGAGUGCAACAUACAUAUAUACAUAUACUGCCUUCUUGUGGUUGCACCUGAGGGAUAUCCCAGGGAGAUGGGGUGGGAUAUAAGAAUA